ACUUUGACCUCCAGUGCCAUCUCCAUUGUUUUCAUUGUGUUGUGGACACCAUGCCAGUCUUUUUCACUCCUGUAAAAUCCUUUAGUACUUUUUCCUUGUAUAGAAUGCAAUUCUAACUCAUUUGUAUAGCAUAUCAACCCUUUAUUUAUAAUAAGGCUUCUACCCAGCUGCCCAGGCCCCCCAGCACUUUGUACUGGACCUGAAGUUUGUGAACAUGCUGUGCUCUUUCCUGCUUCCAUUCCUUCCCCUACACUGCAGCGUUUUCCAGGACUGACAAUGCUCCUGACCCGUCUCGCUCCAGCAGAUGGAUCCAGCAGACCCAGACCUGGCUCAAACACGGUCUUCUUUGUGAAACUUCCUUCCUCUCUCAGCCCUAGGGCGGUUUUGUACAGUAAUGAUGAACUUGGAGCAGAAAGGCCUUGGGCUCACAUCUGGCUCUGUCAUGGUGAUGUCCAAGGCAAUGCCGUGAUGUCCCUGGGACACCCUGGGUGCCAGGUGUUGGCUCCUAGCCUUAGGCACUCUUGCCAUGUUUCCAGUGCACCUUGCACACAUCUCCAAGGAUAGUAGUUGUUUUUAGUGGCAUUUACACGACUCUUUACCAGACCACAAACUCCUGGCACACAGAAGAGUCAUCUGGUGAUACUGUUAAAACACAUCCCUAGAGCUCAUCUGUAGAGGUUCUGAUGUAGUGGGUGGGACCCCAUAAUUUGCAUUUUUACCAGACUUGAUUGUAAUGCUUCCAGUUCAGAAGUCACACUUUGAGUAGUGCUGUUCUAAUGGAUAUGAACCAAAUCCUUUUAUCUUUUUAAUGUCACAAGAGGUGCUAAUAAUCUGUUGAAUAGAUUGGUGAUGAAAAGGAUAAAAACCAGUUGGCAGAAAGUUGUACAUAGACGGACUACCUUAGAGUAUUAUUUUCUGUGAUUAAUUAACUUGGCACAAAAUGUUUGAAUGAAAAAUUGGUUUUUGUAAGGUGUGAACUUUUAAUGAAUAAAAGCAUAUAAAUAGGGUCACUGGCUUUUGUUAGUCACCCAUACGUUUUUCCUGGAGUGUAAGCCUUGUGCAGAUAAGGCUGUACUUUCUCUCUUUUUAGUUAUAUUUUGGCAAACUGUAGAUUUAGAAAUAGGCAAGGGUGCGGGUAAGGGGGUGGAAAUUCUAGUGAAAGAAGAAUUAUAUUGUUUUUGUUUUCACUUAAUUUUUAAAAAUUAGGUUUACUGGGUAACAUUGGUUAAUAACAUUACAUACAUUCAGGUAUAUUCCUAAUUGGACACCUGUGUACCCUGGAGCAUGCUCCCCACGCAAGUCCAGUUUCCUUCCAUUACCGUGUAUUUGACCCCCUUUACGCACAAUACCCUCUUCUCCCCCCCCCCCAGUAACUACCAGUGUGUCGCCUGACUCUGACUUGGUUUUUGUUUGUUUUAUUCAUUUUUUACUUUUUGUUUCGUAUACCACAUGUGAGUGAAAUCCCACAGUUUUCGUCCUUUUCCGUCUUGAGUUAUUUUAAUGACUCGGCGUAAUACUCUCAAGAGCCACCCAGGCUGUUGCAAACGCCAGUACUCCACUCCACCUAGGCACCACCUCUUCUUUCUCUGGCCAUCUAUCAGCAGGCACCGAGGGUGUUUCCCUGUCUGGGCUGUUGUGAAUAAUGCUGCAGGGCACAUAGGGUCCCAUAUAUCUUUACAAAUAAGUGUUUUCACAUUUUGGGGGUAAAUACAGGAAGAAGAAUUACUAGGCUACAUGAUACUAAUUUUUGAGAAGCCUUUACACUGGUUUUCAUCGUGGCUGCACUAAGUUAUAGUCCCAUAACAGGAAAUACGUACUUGAAUACAUAGGGAUUCUGUCCUGGAACGUAUGCUUCAGGAUACAUUUACUUUACUCUCUUUUGAUCUGCAGUGUCCAGUGCUAUAACUGUAUGGUAGUAAGUAAAACGAGGCACGUGGAGCCAGGCGGACUGGCUGCAUCAAGGCCGCUCGUCUCCGGAUCUCUAUCUCGUGUCUAAGCGCAUUCCAGGCUUCCGUCACAGUUACACUGGAGCAGUUCAUAAUCUGCAACAUACUUUUACUGACAUCAAAUCAGGGUGCCUUGGACUGCAAGGAACUAAAUCCAUAACAGGAAAGAAACGUUCUGAGUCACGUACCUGGAACCCAGAAGUGAGUUUCUGGGCCGAGUGGGUCCAGUCACUGCGGCCCUGUUUGCACUGUCCGGCUCUGCUUUGUCCUCAGCCUGGGAAGCAAGCUCUGGACCCCAGAGCCACACAGCCACAUCCAGAAGGGGUGAGGGAGUCCUUGCGAACCUUAUCUCUUGUGUCCUUAGAGGUGGCUAAGUCACAAGCCGGCCCUACACCAGUCUUUGGCAGAGAAGGUAAGAGCACCCUUAUGUAAAGCCAGCCAGCUCCUGGAACACCCCCGGGCUCUGCUUCCUGGGAGCACGCGUGUGUAUGAGGGACGGGUGGAUUCUGGAAUCCAAUCUAGGUUCCCUCAGAAUUGGGGCGUGGGGAAUGGUCGGGUGGGCAGCCAACAACACCGGUGUCCGUUUAUGUGCAAUAUUUCCGCCGCAUUUCCACAACCGCAGGGCAAGUCAGGCAGGUUUUCUUCCUUUUAUGGACGAGAACACGAGACUCCCAGAGCCCCGACCUUCUCAGGUCAGGUCUCCCUUCAUGGCUCAGUAAUUUCUUCAUGGUGUCAUCCCCGGCCAAAGGAAAUAUCUAACCAUUCCAUUCACGAUUGUGUCCCAACCACUUAGUAUUUAUGUCCUAACAAGUAAUUAGCCAUUUGAAAAAUACAAUAUACAUAAAUAGAAGUCAUGUUUUAAUUUUUAUCUUGGUCUGAAUCGCAAUGACAAAUGGGUCACGUGCCCCUGUGCGGCAUUGCACACGUCACGUGUCUGGGACUCAGACGCGUGCUGCUCUCGCCUUCUGUAGUGCGAGUGUGAGUUCACACCUCCUACAUCACAAGUGUGAACCGCCUCACAAGUAGUUCAGGUGGUGUCCUUGCGAAUUCAUUGUUGUGCACUGGGGUGCCUUGGUGCACAGUUUGGGAAACGGCAUUUUAAGUGGCUUUGUUUGGGGAAAGACAGAGAAGAAGAGGCAGAACCAGAAUCAAAAAUUGAAUAUUCUGACUCCUGCCUCCAGAGCUUGCUCUUACUCUGUUUUUAGGGCCCUUCCUAUGGAGUCCCGUUUCCCCUGCCACCCAGGAGUUUUCAUGUGAACUCAGGCUCCAGCAAGGAAAGUAAGACCCACUCCAAGUCUUUAAAAUAGAGGAAACUUGAUAGAGCUGCACUGCUGGGAAAGAGCCGAGAGGCCGUGGGGACAGUGAGGUGACCCGAGAGGCACUGGGAAGCUGGCCCGCUCUGAAUGUCUGCAGGGCCGAAUGGAAAGAUAGUGUCCCCAGGCCCAGGAGACAAGGUUCCCUGGAAGAAAGGACCCAGUGGAGACACAAACCACUUUCAGAGACCUCUCUGGAAAGAGAGAGGGGGAGGAGGUGGGAUUUCUCCCCUUCUCCUGCCCUUGUAUUUCACCAGAGCCCCCACUGACCACAUCUGCCUAAGAGGCAGAGAGCAACAGAACCUGGGAAAUGCACUUUCUCAUGAUCCAGAGCAUGGGAGGAGGGGCAAGAAAUGGACCCGAGCAAAUAGGCAGUCAACCGGCACUACGAAAUAUAGUGCAUCUACUUCAUUCAGUAAUUCCUCUAGCCAAUAUUUGAGGACCUGCCAUAGGCGCCAGGUACCGUGCUGGCUGCUAGGGGUGCCAUUAUGGACAAAAAGCCCCUGAUCACUACUCAAGGGGACCAGACAGUGAUGAGCCCAGGGGAAAUGAGAAUGAACACAAACCGUCUAAUUGUAAAGCGUGUUUAGUGCAAUGCAGGAAAACAUCACGGUGUUGAGGGAGCUAGUGGUUUAGAGGAAAGGUACAACCAUGUACUUCUUCGAGUCUAGUUAAUUGACUCUUCAGGCGUGUGUGUGUGUGUGUGUGUGUGUAGAAAACUCAUAUUCAGGAAAGAACAGAGUAUUUAUAUCCAGAUAAAGUUUUUAAAAGACAGCAACCUAACGUUUCGACUUAACACCUGCUUAUAGGGCUUUAUUGUCUCAAAGCUGCGUGUAUGAUAUCGCAUGCAGUAGAAUGUGUGCCUGUGUUUGUGUGUUGGAGAGAGAAAGAGUCCAAGAGACAGAGAGGGGAGGGAUAAGUGCAAAGGAAGAUUCCUUCAGAAAAGCAUUGUAAGGGCAGCUAAUCUCUAGCAGGCUUUCUAGGCCCCACCCCCUUUCCCUCAUCAUAACUUGUGAUCUUAGAGGCAUGAAAGAAUUUGAGCCCUUCCCCCAGCCUCACCAUCUCUCUUGGCUGCUGUGCCAGGCUCCAAGUCAAAUCCAGCGCACAGACCAGAGGGGCCACGCAGGAGGUGGUGGGCUUGCAGGCAGGUUCCUCACCCAGUGGCCAUGGGUGGCAACAAAGGACAGUCUGGCGUCGACCUUGCUACCUCUCCGGCUGAGGAGUACCCCUUUGGCUGUGUGGAGCUGCCCAAAAGAUCCACAGGCCGGCUCAUCAUGCACAGCAUGGCCAUGUUCGGCCGGGAGUUCUGCUACGCAGUGGAGGCGGCCUACGUGACCCCGGUCCUGCUCAGUGUGGGCCUGCCCAGGAGCCUGUACAGCAUGGUGUGGCUCCUCAGCCCUGUCCUGGGAUUCCUGCUGCAGCCCGUGGUGGGCUCGGCCAGUGACUACUGCCGGGCUGGGUGGGGCCGGCGCAGACCCUACAUCCUCACCCUGGGCGCCAUGAUGCUCUUGGGCAUGGCUCUGUACCUCAACGGGGAUGCCAUCGUAUCAGCCUUGGUUGUUGACCCCAGGAGGAAGCUGGUUUGGGCCAUCACCACCACCAUGAUAGGUGUGGUUCUCUUCGAUUUUGCUGCCGAUUUCAUUGACGGGCCCAUCAAAGCCUACUUAUUUGAUGUCUGCUCUCAUCCGGACAAGGAGAGGGGUCUCCACUACCACGCCCUCUUCACAGGUUUUGGAGGUACCCUGGGUUACCUUCUCGGUGCCAUGGACUGGACCCAUCUGAAUCUGGGAAGAGUGCUGGGCACAGAAUUCCAGAUCAUGUUCUUCUUCUCUGCCUUGGUCCUCAUUUUGUGCUUUAUUAUUCACCUGUGCAGCAUCCCUGAAGCCCCACUUAGAGAUGCUGCGAAGGACAGUCUCCCACAGCAAGCCCCCCAGGACUCUCCAUUGUCGUCAGACAGAGUGUACGAGUACGGGUCUAUUGAGAAGGUUAAAAAUGGUUAUGGAAACCCAGGGCUGGCAAUGCAGGGAGGAAAAAACAAAAGUCCUGCUGAACAGACUCAGAGGAGAAUGACCAUGAAGUCACUGCUGAAGGCACUGAUCGUGUACCAUGGGAACCCCUACAGCGCGCACAACUCCACGGAGUUCCUCGUCUAUGAAAGAGGCGUGGAGGUCGGCUGCUGGGGCUUGGCCGUCAACGCCCUCUUCUCCUCCCUCUAUUCUUACUUUCAGAAAGUGCUGCUGUCCUUCAUUGGAUUGAAGGGUCUUUACUUCACGGGGUAUUUGCUGUUCGGCCUGGGGACGGGACUUAUCGGGCUCUUCCCGAAUGUCCACUCCACCCUGGUGUUGUGCGCUUCUUUCGGUGUGAUGUCCAGCACCCUGUACACCGUGCCCUUUAACCUCAUGGCCGAGUACCACCGCGAGGAGCAGGAGGAGCAGAGGAAGCAGGCCCAGGGAGGGGGCCCGGCCGGCAGCGGAAGAGGGCAGGGCCUGGACUGCGCCACCCUCACCUGCAUGGUGCAGCUGGCUCAGGUCCUGGUCGGAGCGGGCCUGGGCUUUCUGGUCAACCUGGCCGGCAGCGUCGCCAUCGUGGUGCUCACGGCCUCCCUGGCAGCGCUGAUGGGCUGUUGCUUCGUGGCUGUCUUUGUGAGAUAUGUGGAUUAGGUCAAUAAAGAGACACGUUCCGUAACCUCA